GACCUGUAGGUCAGAUGAUCGAUCACAUGCCUUGCACGGUACCAGAGUUCCGGAUCCGCGAACUUGUCUUUCCACUUUAAGUAACAGCUCGACUACCUGCGCAAGCAUGGCGUUGGGAAGACUGUGUGCCUUGUAUGGGGUAUUGGCGGUGCUGGUGCCGCUGAUUGUGGCUGACACUCCCGCUAACUGCACGUACGCAGACAUGCUGGGGACCUGGAUGUUCAGCAUGAGCCAAGGAGGAAACGACAGGACCCUGGACUGCACGGAUCCAGGUCCGGUGACCAACAACAUCACCGUGCAGUUCUCUCACUUCUCCACGGCAACUCUGAUGUCAUCUAAGGGGUAUACGUACGAUGUGAAUGGAUACUGGACCCUCAUCUACAACCAAGGCUUUGAGUUCAGGGUUCUGAACAGGAAGUUCUUUGCCUUCUUUAAGUGGAAGGGUGAGGGAGAAAACGCCACCAGCAUGUGUAAUGAGAUCAUGCCAGGUUGGUCACAUGAUGUGUUGGGGCGUGACUGGGCUUGUUUCCAGGGGAUGCGGAUCAAGCCGCAGCAGAAACCACAGCAACACCCGCCUGCUGUAUCCCGGUCAGAGGCCAAAGAAAGGCGUCUACAUCAGAACUUCAAGACCAACCUGGACUUCAUUGAGCAGAUCAACAGUGCCCAGUCCUCAUGGCAAGCCGGCGUGUACCCUGAGUAUGAGAAGUUCACUCGUAAUGACCUCAUCAGGAGGGCUGGUGGCAGGAAGUCAAGGCUACCCCACCGCCCCAGGCCUGCGCCUGUUUCUGAGGAAACUCGUCUUGCCGCUGCUCAGCUGCCGGAGUCGUUUGAUUGGAGGAAAGUGAUGGGACUGAACUUUGUGUCACCUAUCAGGGACCAGGGGCAAUGUGGCAGCUGUUAUGCCUUUGCUUCCAUGGGGAUGUUGGAGGCCAGGCUGCGUGUGCUGACCAACAACACACAGCAGUUUGUGCUGUCUCCACAGGAGAUUGUUAGCUGUGGCAAGUACUCACAAGGCUGUGAGGGAGGGUUCCCAUACCUGAUUGCUGGGAAGUAUGCUGAAGACUUUGGAGUGGUGCUGGAGGAAUGCUACCCGUAUGAGGGGAAGGACAGCUCUUGUAAGGACACCUCCAGGUGUGGGCGUGGCUACGCUACAAACUACAGGUACGUCGGUGGGUUCUAUGGCGGCUGUAAUGAGGAGCUGAUGCAGCUGGAGCUGGUGAAGAAUGGCCCGAUGGCCGUGGCCUUCGAGGUCUACAGCGACUUCAUGCACUACAAGGGAGGCGUCUACGAGCACACGGGACUGAGCGACCCCUUCAACCCGUUUGAGAUCACCAACCACGCGGUGCUGCUGGUGGGGUACGGCAGGGACCCGGAGACCGGCGCCAAGUUCUGGACCGUGAAGAACAGCUGGGGGGAGAAGUGGGGCGAGGAGGGGUUCUUCCGUAUCCGCAGGGGCACGGACGAGUGUGCCAUCGAGAGCAUCGCUGUUGCUGCAGACCCUAUCCCUCUCAUGUCCUAGAGGGCCGGCAUGUCCUAGAACUUGUCAGUUCAUGUCUACUAAAGUAUGCACAUCUGUUUUGUAUUCUUCAUAGUGGCAAACUCUUUAAAAUGGGUUUUUUGCUGUUCAUUAAAUGAUUCAGAACUAGGCUGAUUUUUAGGCAGUCUGAUAUAUAGCAGGAAAUUUACUCUUUUGGGACGAAACAGUUUCCACACUUGAUGGUAGAUUUUGUAAAGUCAAGGUCUGAGGAACACUUAGAAAUACUUUGAGCUGAAUGUGAUUUGCAUACAGAAGCAAACUUAUGGGGAAAAGAAAUUUGAUAUCCUUUGUCAUUGUGCAAAAGUACUGCCAUCAGCUCGCUAGGUUGUUUGCAUGUAGUACACAGCUUGUUUUUAGUACAAUGCUAAACUUGCUUCCAUCAUUCAGGUGUACUUGGAUCAAAUUUUUAACAACCACAGUUGCCUUCUUCAGGAUCAAUAACGACCAAUGUCAGAUUGUUUUUGUUAACUUUGUCAAUGAUAUUCAUAUUCUAUCCAAAAUGUUAAUUCUAACUAGUGUAAAGGAGGGAGCCCUAGCAUGACACGCUUUUUCACGGGUCAAAUCGGCGCUCCAUCGCUAGGUGCUGGAGAGUGGUCAUGUUUUGAUGGAUGAACUUAUAACAGAUUCAUUUAAAGAACUUUAUAAUAUCAAGAUAAAAAUUUAUUAUAUGGGAAUUCCAUAUUCAAAAAAAAUACUGUCCCAAAAAAAGUCUAAUGUGUAAAAAAAGAUUGAAUUGUACUUAAAUGAGAAAUUUAACUUGAAAAUUGAUUAUGGAUUGUAAACUGCAGCUGCUAUUGCAUAGAAAAUAAAGGGCCAAUAUUCCCUGGUAA